AUGGUGCUGGGAUCGUUCAACCAUUAUCCUCACAUCACUGACUGGCAGGCGUUACAUCCCGGAAGGCUUAACACGAAGCUGGAAUCGUUUGGAUAUCCACCCAUGUCCUCGUUGGUGCGGGAUCUGUCGGAUGGGGUGCGGCUGAUUCAGCUCAUGGAGAUCAUGGGGGACGUAUCGCUCGGAAAGUAUAACAAGACUCCGCGUAUGCGAGUGCAGAAGGCCGAGAAUGUGAACAAAGCCCUCGAAUUCAUCACCUCUCGAGGGGUGAAACUUACCAACAUCGGACCUGAAGAUAUCAUUGACGGAAACCUCAAGCUGAUCCUCGGCAUGAUAUGGACGCUCAUCCUCCGCUUCACCAUCGCGGACAUCAGUGAAGAGGGUCUGUCUGCCAAGGAGGGCCUUCUCCUCUGGUGUCAGCGGAAAACGGAGCCCUACAAAGAAGUGAACGUGCAGGACUUCUCUCUCAGUUGGUCAGAUGGGUUGGCGUUGUGUGCUUUGAUCCAUUGCCACCGACCUGAUCUUCUCGACUACGACAAAUUGGACAAGUCUGACCGCCACGGAAAUACAAGACUCGCGUUCAAGAUAGCAGCAGAGCACUUGAAUAUCCCGCAACUGCUCGAAGUGGAAGAUUUGUGCGAUGCGGCCAGGCCGGAUGAACGUAGUGUGAUGACAUAUAUUGCGAGUUUCUUCCACGCUUUCUCUUCGAUGGGUAGCCCCCUUUCUCCUCUUGUGUCCCGUCAGCCUUACUUUCCAACAGAGCAGGUCGAAACCGUCUCCCGACGCGUCGAGAAAUUCGCAGAACUCAUGCAGUCGGUCUGGAUAACGAGACACGACUAUGAGCGCCGAGUCCGUCUGCUGUUGACUGCCCUUGACGAAGUUCAGACGAACUGGGCCGGCAGCAUCUUCACUGGAACCUACGUCGAUGCCAAGGAGCAAUCCUCCGAUUUCAAUGCCUACAAGCAUUCUGCAAAACGCGCUUGGGUGGUAGAAAAGCAGGAUCUCGCGACUCUCAUCGGGAAUGUCCAAACCAAAUUACGGACGUAUGGGCUGAGGGAAUACGUUCCACCUGCUGGGCUUGGCCUAGGUGACUUGGAUGAUGCAUGGAACCACCUGUUAUCAUCAGAGGCCAGACGCUCCAGGUCUAUCAAUGCGCAGAUCCGACAAAUCAAAGAACGCUUGCGAAAGUCAUUCGCAGAACUUGCCAAUGAUUUCGAACAAAGGCUGCGCGCCAUCUCAUCUGAAAUCACCGCGCUCGAAGGUCCAUUAGAGACGCAACAGCAAUCAAUUGGACAGAUACAAACCCGAAUACCGGCAAUCGUUGAUGCGCUUGACAGAGUGGCUGCAUCCGAAGCCGAGUGCAACGCAGCCAAUGUCGAAGAAAACGACUACACUGUGUUUACGUGUCAGGAUCUCGAGUUUGAGCUGGAACUUGUCAUCCAAAGCAUUGCCAAGAAGCUCUCCUUCAUCGACAAUCAGAUCGUAUCCAGAAAUAUGACCAACUUGACCCCUGCUCAGCUCGAACAAUUCGAGAGCACCUUCAGAUACUUUGAUAAGGACGAAACAAACACCUUGAGCCAGCCGGAGCUGUCCGCUGCAUUGGCUAGUCUGGGUAUCGUUUACUCAGAGGACGAUAUGAACUUCAUAUACGACCAGUUACAGCAAGACUACGGGGCUAUCAAUUUCGAGGCCUUUAUCAAUCUUCUGGUCGACAUCACCGAAGAUCAGACCACUCCAGAACAGCUUCGGGAGGCGUUCAGAGGCAUUGCCUCAGACAAGGCAUAUAUCUAUCCGCUGCGCCAUCUACAUUUUCUGACGUUUGGACAGCCGUUUGUAACGGAGCUGGACCUGCGGUUGCAUCAUCUGCCUGCGUCCGCAAUCGACUAUCUAAGCGAAGUGAUGCCACAGGCAAAGAACGCAGUGGGCGAGUCAGAGUAUGACUAUGAAACCUGGUUGGACGACAGCUCCGGUGUUGCGGUCAACAAUGAAUGUAUCGACACAUACAACGCGCUGAAGUUGAAGAAGAAGACGAAGUACAUCAUCUUCAACCUCAACAAAGACAACACGGAGAUCGUCGUCGAGAAGACAUCUGAGUUGACCGACUACGACGAGUUCCUCAAGGAUCUUCCUGAAACAGAGCCCAGAUGGGCGGUAUACGAUUUCGAGUUCGAGAAGGAAGGCGCUGGCAAACGAAACAAGCUCGUCUUCUACUCAUGGACUCCCGAUGACGCCAAGGUCAAGGCCAAGAUGGUGGCCGCGUCCUCCAAGGACGCACUGCGCCGAGCUCUGGUUGGCAUCGCUGUCGAGAUCCAAGGAACGGAGUUCAGCGAGGUCGCUUAUGAAGCCGUAUUGGACAAGGCCAGCAAAGGCAACUGAAUUCGGCUGUGAUCGCUAUCGAUGUAUCCUGCCAUCUCCGAAUGAAAUCAAUGCCCUAUAGUCUUCUUUCGU